AUGUCUUUCACAUGGCCCUCAUCAACCAUGGACCUCUUUACCUCCCCGAAUACGCCCCUCAAUAGGAUGAUGUCAGAUUUCGAAGUGUCCCUCUUGGGAAGCCUGUCUUGCAUCAGCGCCCUUCUAACGCUACCAUUUGUGGGAAUCCUGAUGGAAAAGUUUGGAAGGAAAUAUACUUGUUUCGCCCUGUAUUCGCUGCAAAUGAUCUCUUGGAUAAUCAUCAUAUCCUUCAAUUACGUGGAAGCCAUUUUGCUAGCAAUAUUCAUAUCAGGGAUCACCAGUUGCACUCUUCUCAUUAUACCCGUGUACGUGAGCGAGUUCUGCCAAGAAUCCAUACGUGGUUCGAUGGCAUCUAGUGUGCUUAUGUUUUUCGGAUUUGGCAUGCUCACUUCCUACCUGCUAGGCGGUUUGGUGCCAUACAAUGUUAUGAACUACAUAACAUUGGGUCUGGCUGGUGUUGGAGGUCUGCUGAUUACUCUGGUGAAGGACUCCGCGUUGUACCUGAUGAUCAAGGGACGGGAACGCGAAGCUGCUCUCUCUAUUGCGCAUUACAAAAGUUUGAAUGCUAACUCGAACGAGGUCGAACAGGAGAUAAAACACAUUAAGAGACUCCUAAAUCCUGAAUUGGAUGAGGCAACGCCUGAGGAAGAAAUGUUAAAACCGGAGUUGAAACCCAAAGAAAAACUGUCUGUUUGGAGAUUUAUGAAAAAAUCUAGAUCAUCCCGUCGCGCUCUGGUCGUCUGCCUCGUGCUGUACUCAGCUACAGUCUUCCAAGGUCUGGUCGUGGUGCAGGUGUAUGCAGCACCGCUAUUCGGGAAGGCAGUACCAAGCAUGUCUACCACGUUAUCCAGUGUUAUAUUCGCUAUCGUGACUGUGGUGUCCGGAAUGAUAGCGGCCUACCUUGUUGAGGUUUUAGGGCGGAAGCCACUCAUGGUGUAUUCAUCAGUAGCAGCGGCGGUUUGCUGCGUACUUCUAGCAACCCAAAUUCAGUUUGAAUGGGGACCCAAUUGGACGACUGCGGUAUUCAUAUAUCUUUUCUGCCUCUCCUAUACAAUUGGUGCUGGCACCAUUCCGUAUAUCUACUGCGCAGAAGUAUUCUUACCUGAGAUAAAAAGCUUCGCGUCUAUAUUCGCUAUGGAAUGGGCCUUCCUUGGAUUCUUUAUAGUACUCUUUAUUUUCAACCCCCUCGUUAGUUAUAUAGGAUUAGGCGGUGUAUUCUAUAUCUUUGCCGUGGUGUGUUUGCUGACUGCAAUAUUCUGCGUCUUCUUCAUGCCAGAGACGAAAGGACUGACUGUUGAUGUUAUACAACUGCAAUUUGCUAAACCACGAUCUCUUAAUAAAACGUGA